GUGCAUUACAAAGGGGCCCUUGCUUCAAACCUCAUGCAGUUCGACGAGGGCGACCUUGAAUUUCGCCUUGGGCGAGGGAGGGUCAUCAAGGGUUGGGACAUGGGUGUUAGAGGGAUGACGGUAGGAGAAAUCCGGAGACUAUUCGUCCCGGCAAAGCUUGCAUACAGCUAUGUUGGUACCCCGGGAGGUCCAAUUCCACCAAACGCAGAUUUGAUCUACGAGAUUGAAUUAUUGGGAAUAAAAGACAAUGAAGUUUAG